AUGGCAAUCUCUGCAUUCCUAUACUCUUACAUUCUAGUUUUCAGCUGGAUAGUCGGGAUUUAUGCAGCCUAUGAGCCGACUAGUAGGUUUAGGAUGCAAUCGGUUAAUCAAACUUGUAAUGUGUUCUUCGGAAGGACUAAUGUUCACGCGAGGAAGGAUGGGAGAGGUGUGAAUUUUAGCUUAGAUAAGCUCUCAGGAUCAGGAAUAGUGUCGAAGAACAAAUAUUACUAUGGGUUCUUCAAUGGCGCUAUAAAGCUGCCGGCGGGUUUUACAUCAGGUGUUGUAGUGGCAUACUAUCUAUCGAAUGCAGAUGCAUUUCCACACAACCACGAUGAGAUGGAUAUCGAGCUUCUAGGCCAUGAGAAAAGAGGAAGAUGGGUUCUACAAACUAACAUAUACGGCAAUGGGAGCGUAAAAACAGGAAGGGAAGAGAAGUUUCACCUCUGGUUCGAUCCCACCAAAGGAUUUCACAACUUCAGCAUCUUGUGGAACAUACAUCAUGUAGUGUUCAUGGUGGAUGAUAUACCUGUAAGAGAAGUUGUUCAUGAUGCGGCUAUCUCCUCGAUUUAUCCAUCAAAGCCGAUGUCGGUUUACACGACAAUCUGGGAUGGAUCAGAGUGGGCAACUCAUGGAGGAAAAUACCCUGUCGAUUAUAAAUAUGCUCCAUUUGUGGCAUCAAUGAGAGGAAUUGAAAUGGAAGGGUGUGUAUGGAAUCAGAAGAAUCAUACUCAUCUUUUGUGUUCGAGGAGGACUCUUUCGAGCUUAGAUCCUGUUGGCGGCGAGCAGUUUGCGAAGCUGUCGAGCCGGCAGAGAGCAGGGAUGGAGUGGGCUAGGAGAAACCACAUGUUCUACUCAUACUGUCAAGACAAGAAAAGAUACAGAGUUCUGCCAUUAGAGUGCAGAGAAAAAUAGCAUAAACCUGCAUUCUUUACUAUUUGCAGAUUAUACAAUAAGUCAAUAAUGAUCUCUAUGAAAGAUGACAUAGAAAAGAUACUGUAAAGUGUGAGCUACAAUAAGUGCGAGAUGAGCUGCCACUACCUUAUAAUCAGUUAGAACACAAAUUUAGACAGUCUUUUCGAUUAUGCCAUUGAAUUGAAAAGGGUUG